AUGACUUGCGGAUUAACUGAUACGGAUCUCUACAAGCGGGUGGUUAUUGAAAAGUCACUCUCUCUCAGCGAAUAUCUCGAAUUGAAAAAACCACAUCUUUUGUCGCAGACUGAAGAUGUUAGAGAUGCCGCUCUCUCAGAAAUUACAGACACAAUCUCGUCUUUGCCGAAUGAUUUUCUGACAGGAGAUCAGGUCGCUCUUCUCCUGGAAUUCUUCCUCGGACGACUGGAAUCAUCUCCAGCCUCUGCAUCUCAUGCUGUUCGUGGCGCCAAUCAUUUGGUCUGUAACAGCCAAAAUCUUCCUAGCGGCUUUGAAAAGCCGCUUGUCCAAAUAAUGUUCACAGAUGGAAACGUUCAAGGAUGGGAUACGGAAAACCGAUUGCUGCAGUAUGAGGUGCUACAAUGGUUGCUAUUGCAUCGUUUGGAAGAACUGGCAUCGUUAGGAUCGAAUUUCGUCUUAACUUUCAUCAGAACCGUUGGAGGUGAACGACAUCCGCGAUGUCUCCCAGUGGUCUUCCGAAUGUUCGUCGUUGUUGCGCAGUCCUUUCCAAUGGGUCCACUUGUUGAAGAUCUGUUCGAGGUCGUUGCAUGUUAUUUUCCUAUUGAAUACAAGGCAUCCAGCAGUUCAACCAUUACUAAAGAGCUGCUUGCCGAAGGAUGCUUGAAAUGCUUAGUAGCACAUCGUGAUUUUGCUCCUUUCUGCUACUUGCUGAUCGAGGAGAAGUUCACCGAUGAUGAAUCCACUCCCGAACAAAAAGGGGAUACAUGUGAAUUGCUUGCUGAAGCAGCCUCGAUAUUUCCAGCUGAGGAAAUAGUCGAUCAUUUAGAGCCGAUACUGGGAGGCAUUCGCGUGGUUGCUUUGAAUCCUAAAGGUGUUUUUCCUCACUCUGUUUCACGAGCUCUCACAGCAAUUACCAAAGCGCUAAGCUUAGUUGGUGAGGGUGCGGUGACUAACCUUGGUUCUCAGCUUGUCGAAAACCUUGAGCCAUUUGUCCUGCAGGCGGAAAUGGGUCUCACCGAACGAGCUCUGACACUUUUUCGAUGUGCAACCGAAGCAGGGCCAGCUAUCCGUAAUCAGAUCUACAAUCACGUAGUACCAUGGAUUCUUAUGCUUGUGCAAGGUGAUGUGGUGAAUGUUAGGGCCAACCGUCUGGAAAUCACACAAGAAGGAUUACGCGCAUUAAGCGAUUGGGUCGAGUGUAUCCAUAAUCACGGCUGUGAUGCUGUCCUGUCGCAGUUCGAGUCUUCGUUGUUCGCGUCAUUGGAAGUUGCUAGAGAAACAGCACCGAAUGAAGCCCUCACAGUUAUGCUGAAUUGCCUUACGGUUUAUUUGAGAAUCACGCCUAUUUCCGACGAUAUCCAAAAGAAAAGUCAGGAUCUGAUUAAGUUUUCUUGGAACACCCUCAUGGCUGGAACCGUCAAGACAAGCUAUCUGCGACUUAUAACAGCAGUUGCAGAGACAGACUGGGAAUCUAUGCGCAGUAUUAUCUCGGAAAAAGCUGGACGUUGCAAACAACAAGACUUUCCGAUGCUGUGUGCUGCUGUUCAUGAUGAAAUAUCUUUUAGCGAGUUAUCGGAGAACAUAUUUUCAACACUAGCUCAAUAUCCAUGCCCUGAAUUGUUCGAAUAUUUUCUAACAAUGGCUACAAGACUUGCUGAGAAAUCCCCAAAAUUAGUUUCAAAUCUUGUACAUCAAUACCUUGCGCUUUCUGUAGAGAUCAAAUCUGUGAGCGAGGAUAUCGUAACUGCUUAUGCAGAGACCCUCCAGUCCUUAGGACUGCUUCUGGAUGGAGAUUCGCGUCUCGAAUUGGUUAACGAAGCUAUGGCGUCAGUAAAAUCAUCUGAACAGCUUGAUAUGAUUUGCUUAUUUGUGGUUCAGUCCCAGAAUGUACAUGUUAUGGAGCGUUGUUUGGGCUCUUCACAUUGUGAUGAGCAUUGUGCUUAUCUGCUAUGCGUCGGUAUUGCGAAUCAUCUAGAGGAUAUGGAGCAGUUAAAACUGCUUAAAAAGGAUAUCAAAUACGAAGUAGACUGCGCCAUUGCAAAAGGCUUACUCUUAUCUGGAAAGAGAGAAGGUGUUGAGAUGGUCCAAGAGCUUCUGAAUCGUCUCUGUUCUGUUGACGAAGCAGAAAGACAGAAACUAUGUGCCCAACUCUGUGAUUUGUUCGAUUUUGAUAACGCUGUGAAUGAUCCUCGAAGGUGCUUAUACAGGACUACUUUUCUGUGGAAGCAGAGGAUUUUCAAUCAACUCAGCACCUGUUAUGUGACAGCUGUGAACUCAGCAAAUCAAGCUGCCAAGGAUAUUUUGAUGUCUCUUCUUCCUGCUCUACUGAAAUCAUCCGUGAACAAUCUUGCAGUUGAACAGCAGUUCCAUGAGUUUAAAACUGUGUUUCGGGUGGCACUAUCUACAGGAAAAGAUAUCCAACCAGCUGUACUUUCGGCCUUGCCACGAUAUGUGGCAGGAUUGCAACCGUCUGACAUAUUACCCGAGGAUGGCUUACAGAUCAUCAAAGCUGUAACGGCAACUAUGGAUAAUACAAAUACACCAAUGACUACUGUGCUUGCGUGCCUUGAAUCGCUUGAAUUAUUGGCACAACGUGCAAGUUAUGACUUCUCUGACUCGGACAUUACGAUAGUAAUUGGAACUACUACAAAAGCCUUAGGACAUCGUAAACGUUUGGUGCGGCAAAAGGCGGCUUUAGUUAGGAACAUAUGGGAAUCGAAACGUCAAUGA